CGUGGCGCCGUCGACCGGCGUCCGGCGCUGCCCAGUGUGGCUGUGGCGCCGCCCGCCUCGGACGCUCGCUGCCGCCGCCUCUCCGCUCCCUGUUGCUGGUCGUCCGCCGCCCGCCGCCAGCAGCCAUGAGUGCGCCCGGCUCCGGUGUCAUCUGCUGUCCUCUAGAUUAGUGCUCUCCGCCGGGACCGUCCACAGCAUGGAGUCGCCCGCCGCGAGCCCGCCGGCCAACUUGCCUCAGACCAAAGGAAAGUCCAAAAGGAAAAAGGAUUUGCGGAUAGCCUGUGUGUCCAGGCCACCUGUGCCCAGCCCUACACCUCCCCGGAACCUGGACUCCCGGACCUUCAUCACUAUAGGAGACAGAAACUUUGAGGUGGAGGCUGAUGACUUGGUAACCAUCUCAGAGCUGGGCCGUGGAGCCUACGGGGUGGUGGAGAAGGUGCGACAUGCUCAGAGCGGCACCAUCAUGGCUGUAAAGCGCAUCCGGGCCACUGUGAACUCACAGGAACAGAAACGCCUGCUUAUGGACCUAGACAUCAACAUGCGCACAGUUGACUGUUUCUACACUGUCACCUUCUACGGUGCCCUCUUCAGAGAGGGGGAUGUAUGGAUCUGCAUGGAGCUCAUGGACACUUCCCUGGACAAGUUCUACCGGAAGGUGCUGGACAAGAACAUGACAAUUCCGGAGGACAUCCUGGGCGAGAUUGCUGUGUCUAUCGUGCGGGCCCUGGAGCACCUGCACAGCAAGCUGUCUGUGAUCCACAGAGAUGUGAAGCCCUCCAAUGUCCUUAUCAACAAGGAGGGGCAUGUGAAGAUGUGUGACUUCGGCAUCAGUGGCUACUUGGUGGACUCUGUGGCAAAGACAAUGGAUGCUGGCUGCAAGCCUUAUAUGGCUCCUGAAAGGAUCAACCCUGAGCUGAAUCAGAAGGGCUACAAUGUCAAGUCUGACGUCUGGAGCCUCGGUAUCACCAUGAUCGAGAUGGCCAUACUGCGGUUCCCUUAUGAGUCUUGGGGGACACCGUUCCAGCAGCUGAAGCAGGUGGUGGAGGAACCAUCCCCACAGCUCCCAGCUGACCAGUUCUCCCCUGAGUUUGUGGAUUUCACUAGCCAGUGCCUAAGGAAGAACCCCGCCGAGCGCAUGAGCUACCUGGAGCUGAUGGAACACCCUUUCUUCACCUUGCACAAAACUAAGAAGACGGACAUUGCUGCCUUUGUGAAGGAGAUCCUGGGAGAGGAUUCAUAGGCCUGGGACCCCACUGGUCUGCCAGCAUCCCAUACCCCUCUGCUGGGGCAGCACUUACCUACAGCCAUAAGCUACUGCCAUUCUGGUCCUGGGCAUUCCAGGAGGAAUUAAGGAUGUUGUUCCUGUCUGGCUUGGCAACUAGCUCUCCCAAGUGCCAAAGAAUCCGACCUCAGGGGUCUCCUAGCCAGGCCCAUAUGGGCCCCACAGUGCCUCUGCUGUUGCUGCUCCCAAGGUCUCAGGCCUCCACCCAAGGGAUGAAUUUGGAGGGGGUCUGUGUACCCCCCACAGAUGCUGUUGCCUCUUGAAGAGGAGGCAGCUGGUGCUUCUGUGGACAGGCCAUAGCCUUGGUACUGUCCUGGAUGCUACCCAGGUUGUAUAUAUAUUUUAAAUCACAACUGAAUGGACUUUGUACACUGGCCUGGAUCAGGGACAUCUCUAUCCUGUCUCGGGUGCUGAGGACACACUAUGGGGAUGAGCCAUGAGAAUCUCCUGAGACUUUCCUGGGAGAUGUGUUGACCCAGCACUGGCCAGUGGUCUCUUGGGGGCACACUGACCUAGCCCCUAGCCUCCACCUCUAGUGGUAUCUGCCUUUAUUUUUAAACUAUUAUCCUUGUUGCCUUUUGCUUUGUGGGUGUUGCUGGUUUUUCUUGCAUGGUUUGAAGCUGGUCACUUAACCCUAGGUGCCAGCAGGAUCACAGCUACCCCUGUGCUCAGGCUGGAGUCUACAGGAUGGCUCUUUGCACAAGGCCACCAGGGGAGCCAUACCAACUCUCCAAGUGUGACCAGCUCAUGGGAGCUAAUAGGUUUACUUUGGUGGUGUUUUUAAAAAAAAAAAAAAGAAAGAAAAUAUAUUUUUGUGAAGAAAGGCCUGCCUUUCCCAGCCUUUCCCUGGGCAGGAACCUAUUGCUGUUUUAAUUAAAAAACAAACCAAAAAACUGUGUGUGGCUGAC